CACCUGCUGAACGCUGCGGGGAGACAGACGGGAGGAUGACCAUGUCAGGACAAACAGCUGCGCUCCACGAGACUUGGCCCGGGAGAUGCCGCGCGCGCUUCUGGAGGCUCUUUCCUCACCUGACGCUGUGCUGCGCCUUAGUGGCUUACACGAUGCUGGGCGCGUUGGUCUUCAUGCUGGUCGAAGGGAGAAGAACAUCCAGCACCGAGCAGGAAUACCUCAACUUUCUGUCGAGCAUCGUCGAGAUGGUCCAGGACGAUACCAAUAACAAAUCCUGCACGCUCAACCAAACAGUUAGCAAAGUUGUGAUACAAAUGCAGGAUUUCAAGUCCAUAUGGUUCCAGAGCCCCAGCAGAUGGGAUUUUUUUGGUUCCGUCUUCUUCUGCUGCACUAUUUUUUCAACUGUUGGAUAUGGGGAAAUCUAUCCAGUCACCUUGCUCGGUAAAGCGCUCUGCAUCAUUUAUGCGAUGGUGGGCAUUCCUCUCAUGCUUCUGGUCAUUCUCGACGUGGGAGACUUUCUCGCUCUGGUGAUGUCCAAAGCCUACAACCGCGCCCGCGCCCUCUUCAAGACGUGGUCACGGUGGAGAACUCGCAGGAGAAGACGCUGGUCAAACCGGUGGACUCUGGACGAUGGCACCUUGAUUCGUCAACCUCUAGAUAUCCGGCAGGUGCUGAGCACUCAAUCAGAUGUUCGACACAAGUCCAUUUAUCUCCAAAAAAACAAAGAUAUCUUUGAAAAGCUGCUGGCGAGAGAUAAUUUAAUGAGAAAGGAUCCACUCCUCAGGUCCCUGUCCUGCCCUGAACUCGACCAGAUGCCACAACCACCUAGUGGAUUUGCCAUAUGGGAUUUCUCAGGGUUAGGGACUGUAAUGGAAGACUUUGACGUUCCAUUUAUACUCAUCCUUUUCAUUGUGUUUGCAUAUAUUUGCUUCGGAGGUAUAAUCCUACCACUGUGGGAACCUCAAAUAAAAGGAUUUGACUCUUUCUACUUUUGCUUCAUCACACUCACUACAAUUGGAUUUGGUGACAUCAUACCUAAAAACCCCAAGUGCUUCUGGAUAACCUCCCUUUUUAUUGUUGUUGGCAUGAGCAUUAUGACCAUGGCUUUCAAGCUAAGCCAAAAUAGAAUCGUUUCUUUUUAUCGUAACUGCAUCCGGUUCAUUGGCCGGGCAAAUGCUGAAACCUCAGAGGAUGUGGAAAUUCAGUAAGUCAAGAUCUUCUGAAUCAAGUUUGGGGAUUGUGGAAUUUAGUAUUUCCUGGAUUUAUUCAAUUAUUUAUUGAUUAUCUGUUUUUCAUAAGCAUGGGCAAUUAUGAAGUCAUGCAUGUGGCAAAGACUUUUUCCAGUGAAUGGCUGUCAUGAUUAAAAAGAUUUGUUUCCAAACAUUUAAAGGGGUAGUAUUAUGUUUUUCAGUGAGUUUUCCACACAAUCAAGUAAUGGUUACCUUCAUUUGUUGGAAUAAUGCUGUAUAUAUCAAACAUGACAAAAAAGAAAAUUGACUUUUUAGUUUAAUGCCUUGUAACUAAGAAGGCAUCUGUCUCUUUAAAACAUCCUGCUCUUUCUGAAACUCUACCUUCAGGAAGUCACCACCACAUCGCUUCUCUAUUAACCCUUCAACAACCAACAUUUCACUGAGGCGUAACCUAUAAUGAGCUCAUAGAUGCACAGUUCCUCCUGGUAUUUGCUAAUUGCUGCAGGUUAGUCUGAAGGAGCUGAGUAGGUGAGUUGCGUGAGAGGGGUGCUCUAUGAGGCAGAAGCUCGGAAGCUUGGAACCGCAGCCAUGAGGUUCCAAGCUCACAGCUGCCCUGCCUUCGUCGUAGAGGGCAGGAGAAGGAGAUGGGGUCAUUUGCGCUUUUACAAGAUUUUGUUGUGGUUUCUGAUGGGACAUCCUCCUCCUGAGCGUUUCAAAGGAUCUCUCAUACAUGCAUGAGAGAAUCACGUUGAUACUCCCAGGUAUGUUUUUGAUGAGGCAAUAACAUGAUGUAAAGCUAAAAGAAGACAAUUUUUACAUAAUACUGCCCCUAUAAAUGCUACUACUCAGGAUUAUCCUGCAAGAAAGUGAUUUGACAAUUUUAUUUUUGAGUAUUGCAUGAGAUUUUUUUAAAUCUAAAGAUUUACUGCAGAAUAUGCACAGAAAAAAUGUCCAUAUAUUUUCUCUACAUGGAAUUGAUUGCAAGUUAUUAGCAUUUUGAUUGUUGUAUUUGUUCUUUGUAAUUAAAGGCUUACUACCCUCAACUUGAAAACUUGAAUCUGUAACUGACUUCUCCUCAUGCCAGAGGUCAGCUGAGCAUAGCUUAUUAUUUAAGUUUACAAUUUUUAAACGUGUUGGAGACAGCCACGCAUGAAACACAUGGAAGUAAACAGGCCCACCUGGAGGGACAGUAGAAGGACCAAUGUACAGUGAGGUAAACUAACCAGGAUGCCCAGCAGCAGUCUCAUUUUGUAGGACUAUAACUAAAAGACGUCAUGAGAAACAUCAAGAAUAACACAGUUAAAUUCUUAAUUAUCUAUCUGUCACACUAACAUUGUUAUUACCAACAGCUUAUAAACUUGGCAGACGGAUGAUCCCUCUCUCAGUGUUGUGUGUUUCUUGGACGUGGGGAGAUUCUGCUGUAUCAAGGCAAAGUCUCAUUUGGGAUGGUAAUUUUAGUGCACAGCCAAUUAUUUGAAGAUGAG